AUGGUUGCGCCAGCAGUGCCUGAAUUAACAGAGGAAGUCCUCCACGAGUCGAUUGACGCCCGUACAGAAUCGCUUGCAACAUUACGAGAGCUGGGCCCGCCGGACCUUGUACAUCUAGUGAAGCAGGCAGUGCGCAAUCCCGGGAAGCAGACCGGCGUCUACCAUCAUGUUACCGGUGUAGAUGCGUCGUCUUCGGCCAGUCUUGCAGCCUAUAUCAAUACCCUGACGUACCGGGACCACGACCCAAACACAGUCACCAGGAUUGUCGAGGGUGUGUUUUGCUGCUACAAUGCCUUUUCAAGAGUGGACAUGCGGGUGCAUGUGUCUAUUCCCGGAACUGUCGAGAGCUAUUGCGUUGACGAGCGAGGCGAAAAGCGAAAGGCUUCGGAUGAUCUGUGGCUGGAGACAUAUCUCUGCAGCGUUCUAAGGGCAUACUCGUAUGCCGACGAUGGCAGUGGGAGUAGUAUUCGCAAAAUCGUCGGCGUCCGAAGAUUCAACCCUGUUACCAACACCGAAACCGAGCAUCGUUUCCUCAACGCGGCCGAGCAGCUCUUCUUCAGGGGGUGGCAAUUGGGAUCUGAUUCCAUCGUUCAAGUUCCUACGAAUGUAUCAAAUCAUCUGACUACUGGGCUGCUAAAGUAUCUCGAGACAACAGGUCGUUAUGCAUCUGGGAUUAAUCUUUUCGAAAAGCUUCGUACUCAGAGUGUCGAAGUCGCCUCUUUGCUGGCAAAGGUGCUUUUCAUGGGCAACGAAGAAGUUUCAGGUGUAAAAAUUCUGUACCAGUCGCUUCAGCAGACGCCGAUGGACUAUGUUAUGCUUGAUACACAGGCGGAUUUCCUGCUAAAGAAGGCCCAAAAGGCCGAUACGCCGGAGAUGAAGGAUGAGAGACUGAAAAUGGCCCUUGGCUGUGCUGACCGCAGCACGAUAGCUGCUCCAAGCGAAUUUAGUACUUGGGCCAGAUUGGCCCAGGUGUACGUUGCGAUGGAAGACUGGGAAAAUGCCUUGACAAUACUCAACUCCUGCCCCAUGUUUACCUACCAAGACAAGGAUUCUCCCAUGAUGCCAGAGCCGAGAGAUGUCCAUCUCCCUACACUGCCCGAAACUCGCCUUGAUGAGAUUGAUAGCGAACCUGAGUCAAGAUACUCAGAGCAAGUCGAUCCGAGCCUGUUGAGUCUGAGGGCGGCGUCUUAUCGCGGCACGUUUAAGAAAGCGUACGGCAUUUUGACGGAAAUGACGGCUAAGAUCGGCUGGGACCAGCUUCUUAAGAUUCGCAGCAACGUCUUCGUCAUGGAGGAUGAAUACCGUACCGAGAAGCAAGAAGCCACCCAGGCUGCUCAGCCAAAACGCACUCCGAGUAUGGACGGCCUCCGGGGCACGCCAGACCCUACCACCAACGGAGACGAAGGUUCAGACGACGAGGGUGAGAAAUCCUCCGAGGCCGCAACUACACUGGCUCCCAAUGGAGAAGGCAGUGGAGUUGAGAAGCCUUCCAGUACAGUUGACCCAGACGAGGUCAAGGCCGAUACAGCUGAAAACGGCACCCAUGCUGAUGAUCACCUUUCCAAACUUAACACUAAACGGUUGUGUGAGCGUUGGCUUGAUAGCUUGUUCAUGGUCCUGUAUGAAGAUUUGCGUGUGUACACAAUCUGGCGCACACAGAUGGCUCAGUAUCGCGCCCAGCAAAUACAAUACAAGAAGUCUGCCGAGGAGUGGGAGAUUCUCGGCUCACUCGCCGAACGACUGCAGCACUUUGACGAAGCGGCCGAGGCAUACAGGGCUUGCCUAUCCCUGCGCUUCAGCCCCAAGGCCUUGGCCGGCGUAUUGCGCGUCUUUGAGAAGACAAAGAGCACGAGAGAGACGGUGGCCGCAGUGAUCAGACUUGUGACCUGGCAGUACAGGUGGUACAGCGAGUUCAGCCCAGAGCUGCUGCGCACCAUCCGCACCUUGAUCGAGGAUGAGGGAGCGGUGAAGGUGAGAAGCAUUAUUCAAGCCACAAGCCUACCGCAGAAUGUGCUCGACUUGACGCACCACUACGCGGCUCUAUGUGCAACAUUCCAUAGCAGCGGCACCGAUGGUUAA